UAACAAGGAUCCGGUAGUAUACCACGUGCCUACUCCAAAGAUGUUGAGUAGUUCAACACGGCGAGAAACGUUCGACAUGCGCCGAAGAACAUUAAUUACUCUCCAGAAAUAGAAAUCAUGGACACUGAAGAUAAAUUACAGAAACAAAUUCUAAAGCGAUUGGAACAAAUAAAUGAACAAUUCCUCGACAAUGAUGAUUACGAAAGACGUGUGAAAAAGGCAAGAUUUGGAAAAAGGAAAUCAGAAUCCAGUCAGUGUGACACAGAUGAUACAGGGACACAUAAAACACAAAGCAGAAGACAGAAGAAGAAACAACGGAAAUGUGAACAGAAGAAAAGUUUGGACAGUAUGACUGUAGAAAUCAGUCAACCACAUACUGUAAAAGGAGAAAAGAGACAUCUCCAGGACUUAAAGAAAUCUCUGGGUUUGACAGGGAGUGACGUUAAAUCAAAAGUUUGUGAUCAAGAAAUAGAGCAGAUUUCCAAAAAACCAAAACAUCAGGGUCCUGAGGUAGUUGUAUUUCACAAGCCUGGAAAAAAGAAACAAAUGGAAGAGAGAGCACAGGAGUCCAGUUCUGAAAAAAGCAACAAUGUAGCUGAGGAUCAACCAGAGUUUGAUAUGAAGAAAGCGAGAUUUGAAGUUCAGAAAGUCGGCAUUAAAGGGUUCAGUGGCAAUGAGAAAGAUGAAGCAAUGACGUCAUUUCUGGUCAAGUUGGGAGCCAAGCUUCCCAAAAACAAAUGCUAUAAAUACAAAGAAUUCCUAGAGAUGAGGAAACAAGAAAAGGAGUCGGUUAAACAGAAGAAAAUUGUGGACCGAGGACUUGGGUACAAGGUGACGAGCUCUAAAAAUACAAAGAAGAAGUCGAAAGACAGAAAUGAUGUUGGUGUGUUGGAUGGACAAGUAGGUCAUUACAAGGAUGGCAUACAAUUUAUCAAGAAAAAAGACCUGAAGGGAUUCAACAGAAAAAAUAAACGAUGAAGGAGAUAA